AUGCGCCCCCUAGAGCGGGCCUUCUACAAGUACGGCGAGCUGAUCGCCCGCCACCCUUGGCCGUUCAUUAUUGUCCCCGCGCUGCUGACGGUCGUCUCCACCUACGGGUUCCUGUUUUUCCACACACAGGCCUUCCUCGGGUAUUCCAUCGGAAAUUUGACGCGAGAUUCGGCUGGGAUCGUGCGUGAGGCACGGCUGAUUAUCCUGCACUAUAUGGUGGACACUUCACUGCCGAACGGCAAGCAAUUGGCACUGAAUUUCGAGAUGCAGUUGAGGAAGAUUUUUGAGGUAUUGACACAUGGAAGCGGAAAACUGGAUUUUGCCCUCCUGAGCCGAACGCGAGAAUUGGAAGAGCAGAGAGCGAUCAGCCUGACGUCGAUCCCGUACCUCUUCGUGACGGCGCUCGUGCUCCUCGGCUUCAUGAUCAUCACCCUGUUUCAGCUGCCCUUUCACCGUAGCCAGCACAUUGAGGCAAUAAUCGGUGUCGUCUCACCCGGCAUGGCCCUUUGGACGACGGCUGGAUUUCUUUGGUGGGCCGGGUUCCCGUUCUCGAACAUCCUGACCGUCGUUCCGUUCCUGGUCAUCACCAUCGGCAUCGACGACGCGUUCCUGGUACUGGCUGGGUGGCGGCAGAGCACG